AUGACUACGGAAUUAAAUACACCUGCGAAUGCAUCGCCAUCUGCAUCGCAACAUCAAACUGCACAUGUGCAACGAAGAUUACAGAAAAUUCUCGAUUUAAAACUCGAAUCAGAUAAAGAUUUGAUCGAAUCGUUGAAAUACUUAUCAAGCUUUUUCACGGAGAACAGCGUUCGAACACGACGGUCGUUACGCAGUACAAUCGAAAAGCGAAGUUUAACACUAAACGAUCAAUUUGAAGAGUGUUUUCGAGUAGUUAAACAACAACUCGAUCAAAUUAAUGAAACAGUUACAUCGAUGUCCACCUGUUGUCAAGAUAUGACACAGCGACUGAAAGAUGUGAAAGCACAAACACAAGAAUUAAUCAAUAGAACAACGCAAAUUCAAAAUGAGAAUCAAGAGUUGAAUGUUAAAUCUUGUAUCACAGAAGGAUUUAUCGAACGAUUUCAAUUAAAACCAGACGAACUGAAUGCCUUGCGAACAACGCGAGAUGGAUUUUUACAUCCGCAAUUCUUCAAUGUACUCAAACGAGUCAAAUCGAUUCAUCAAGAUUGUAAACUAUUGCUACGAACAAAUCAACAAACAAUUGGACUAGAAAUCAUGGAACAAAUGGCACUUCAUCAAGAAUCCGCCUACGAAAGACUGUAUCGAUGGUUGCAAAAUGAGUGUCGACAGCUAACAGCUGAAUCACCAGAAAUAUCGACAUUACUUAGUGAAGCACUUGAAGGGCUAAAAGAACGACAAGUUUUGUUCAAGUAUGUUCUGGACGAGUAUGGUACAGCCCGUCGUAGUGCGAUUGUUCGCGGUUUCAUCGAUGCAUUAACUCGCGGCGGUCCAGGCGGUAUGCCACGACCGAUUGAACUAUCCUCACAUGACCCAUUACGAUACGUUGGCGAUAUGCUUGCAUGGACACAUCAGGCGGCUGCAUCAGAAAAAGAAUAUGCAGAAAUUUUAUUAAGAAAAUUUAAAGAUUGGAGUGAUCUAGAGAAAACAAUUCAAACAUUAUUAGGUUUUCUCACUGAAGGUUUAUGUCGUCCAUUACGUGUUCGUCUUGAACAAGUUUUAGUUUCUCAACAUGAACCGGUCACAUUGUAUAAAUUGACGAACUUGCUUAAAUUCUAUGAAACAACCAUCAAACAAUUGUUACCGACAGAUUGUCAAUUAGCUGUUGUUCUUGAUGAAAUCACUAAUUUAUCAUCGAAAAUGUUCUUAAAUGCUUUGAAUGCAGCAGCAACACGUUUAAUCGAAAAGGUUGAUAUUCCUACAAAUGAUUUGAAUUUAUCCGAUGAAUUACGCCGUACAUUAGCAUUACUACGUGAUAUUCUUGAAACCCAUUCAACGUCCAUGAUACCUUUCGAAUCAAAACGUACAGAUUUCCAACAGAUUGUCUACUCAAUUAUUGAUCCAUUACUGCAAAUGUGUUCUUUAUCAGCGGCGAAGCUAGGCGUAGUUGAAAUGGCUGUUUAUCUUGUUAACUGUUAUAGUGCAAUACGAGCGACACUAGCUGUCUUUGCGUUCACCGACGAAAAGAUUGAGAUGCUCGAAGGACAUAUCGAAGCCAAUACUGAUACAUUAAUCGGUGAGCAAGCAACUUAUAUUCUUCUUCGAACAGAUCUAUUGGAUGCUUAUCGUAUCGUUGAAAAACAGCAGCAAGACUCAAAUACUACCGAUGGGUCUUUAGCGCUUAAGCCAGGUAUGGAUACGAUUACAUUGAAAGCAGCAAUGGUGAAAUUUGAUUCCUAUCUGGCAUCUCCGGAUCUUUACAUAAUGCCACAAUUGAAAUAUCUAAUAAGUGCUGUUAUUCGAGAGAAGAUAAAGAAACGUUCUGUUGAAUUGAUCUGCACAGCUUAUACUAGUCUUUAUUCGGCCAUUAUGGAUCCAAAGAAUACAUAUGCAAAUCCAUAUUCAAUAAUGCCACAUACACCUGAACAAAUAGUUAAAUUACUUUCUUAA